AUGGGUAAGCCCAUGGGUCUGAACGCGGCAAGGAAGCUUCGGCUUCACCGUCAAAAGCAACGCUGGGCUGACAAGAAGUACAAGAAGGCACAUUUCGGCACCAGGUGGAAGGCCAACCCGUUCGGUGGAGCCUCCCACGCUAAGGGAAUCGUCCUCGAAAAGAUUGGAGUCGAAGCCAAGCAGCCUAAUUCCGCUAUCCGAAAGUGCGUCCGUGUCCAGCUAAUCAAGAACGGAAAGAAGAUCACCGCCUUCGUCCCCAACGACGGUUGCCUAAACUUCGUCGAGGAAAACGACGAGGUGCUCGUCGCCGGUUUCGGUCGAUCGGGUCACGCCGUCGGAGAUAUUCCCGGAGUUCGUUUCAAGAUCGUGAAAGUCGCCAAUACCUCGCUCCAUGCCCUCUUCAAGGGAAAGAAGGAGAGGCCACGUUCG